GUCAACCAAUGAAUCUAACUCGCGAACAUCGGCUUAUGAGUGCAUUUCCAUUCUGGUGCAAGGGGCCGCAUUGGAUUGUUUUCCAACUAUCCAAAAAUUGACAUUUACUAUACUUGAUAGGCUUGAUACUACUAUCUCCGCACAGAAUCAAAUCGUUGGUAGUGAUGAACGCCUUGCGCAUUCUGAGCUACAGUCAAAUCUAUGCAGUGUUUUGACG